GGACGCUGCCGGGCACUGCGCAUGCGUCCCGUGGUCGUGGCGCUGCCCGGCUCUUUCGGCCUGAAAUGGCUCCGCAGCAACAAGUUCCCCAGGAAAUUGCGUACGGCCCGCACCUGGCAGCUGGGGCCUGCUCAGCCCCCACUCGCACACUUGCAGCAGGUGCUGACUGGCCUAUUGUGUGUUUCCAGGGAUGUGAGGCGAUUCGACAUUUGCUCAUUAGAAUUCCAGUUGUCUAUGUCGUAACGUAGGCCCUGGGACUUGAUUGGAUAUCCAAGACAACACAUCAAAAUAUUUUACCAGCUUGAUGAAGGUAUUCAACAUUGACCUCAUGCGUCUAUUGUGACAACGUGACUCACUAGCAUGUUCCAUCACCACUGUAGAAGAAACCCGGAACUGCAGCAGGAACUGCAAAUCCAAAAUGCUGUUGCGGCUGGUGAUGUUCAUACUGUGCGCAAGAUGUUGGAACAAGGCUAUUCUCCUAAUGGUCGUGAUGCUAAUGGAUGGACUCUGCUCCAUUUCUCUGCAGCUAGAGGCAAAGAAAGAUGUGUUCGUGUAUUCUUAGAGCAUGGAGCUGAUCCCACCGUUAAAGACUUAAUUGGAGGUUUCACUGCAUUGCAUUAUGCAGCCAUGCACGGCCGAGCACGGAUUGCAAGGUUGAUGUUGGAAUCGGAGCAUAGACCUGAUAUUAUCAAUGCUAAAAGCAAUGACGGAUGGACUCCUCUCCAUGUGGCUGCCCAUUAUGGCAGAGACUCAUUUGUCAGACUGCUGCUGGAGUUUAAAGCUGAAGUUGAUCCACUCAGCGAUAAAGGCACAACUCCACUUCAACUUGCCAUUAUCAGAGAGCGCUCAAGCUGUGUGAAAAUUCUUUUGGAUCACAAUGCCAACAUUGACAUUCAAAAUGGUUUCCUGCUGCGAUAUGCAGUGAUCAAAAGCAACCACUCAUAUUGUCGAAUGUUUCUUCAAAGAGGUGCAGACACUAACCUUGGCAGGAUGGAGGAUGGACAAACUCCGUUACACUUGUCUGCACUAAAGGAUGACGUACUUUGUGCACGGAUGUUACAUAACUAUGGUGCAGACUGUAACACAAGGAACUAUGAGGGACAGACCCCUCUGGCUGUCUCUGUAAGUCUAUCUGGAACCAGCAGACCCUGCUUAGAUUUCUUACAGGAGGUUACAAGACAGCCUCGAAGUUUACAAGAUCUGUGCCGAAUUAGGAUUCGUCAGUGUAUUGGCCUUCAAAAUUUGAAAGGACUGGAUGAACUUCCUCUUGCAAAAGUCAUGAAAGACUAUUUGAAGCACAAGUUUGAUGACAUUUGAAUGUUGAAAGUUCCACUCUUGAGGGUUUGAAGUAGGUGCUGCCUUGCCCCAAGUACAUCCUAUGCAAUUCCCGAUUUGAAAUUUAAAGUCAAUACGGGUAUCAUUACUUCUCCGAAUUUAACAAUUCCGUCUUAUUGGGCAUAAUAUUGGCCUGCUCCGGGAAGAUCUGUGUUCACUUCCAAAAACAGUUCCAAGCUGAUAUACUUAACUAUCUGAGUUGGCAGCGUUCAGAAACUUUGAUUAUUUUCUCUCUUCAGCUUGACUUCUGUUCCAAUAUAAUGUUCAAUUAUUUUAACUUACUGCAAAAUUCAGUGAGCUGGAACAGGUAACAUUUGAAUGAUAAAGGUUACAGAACAAGAGUGAACAAAGCAAUUCUGUUUGAAAAUAUCCAAAAACGCGUUACUCUGUUAGUUACUCUGUAUCAAGAUGGAUACAAGUUAUAUGUUUCAAAUCGAAAUGAAAACAAAAGCUGGAAAUGCAGAGCAGGUCAUUCAGAAUCUGUGAUUAGGACGGAAAGUUGGCAUUUUGUCCCAAUGUCCUUCGUGAGAAUUGAAAAAUAAUAGAAAUGGAAAAUACUGGAGAUGCACAGCAGGUCAGGCAGCAGAGGUGAAGAAACAAGCAGAGUUAGUGUUUCAGAUCAAUGACCUUUUAUUAGAACUGGAAAAAGAUAUAAUGGAUUUUAAGAAUGUAUUGAGGAUAAGUAGGGGGAGUUUAAAAUAAAGAGAAAAAUGAGAGUCAUCCCCUAUAUUAAUUUCAGGAAAAUUAGGGUAUGGAAAGGGGUAACAACAAGCAGCCCAACAAACUCUGAAAGCGCCAGUGUACUGAAUGAGUUACAUUUUGCAUUAUUUCAGUCAAGUGAAAGAUAGAACUGUUGAGGAAGGAUGUGUGAAUGACUAAAGCAGUAAGGAAGAUAAAGAAACAGACUAUGGGAGAGGUAACUUGACUGAGAUGGUCAUCUAACAAAGAUGCCACUGGUUCCUUUCUUCAUUCCUUUCCCUUCCUCUUUACUAAUUAAUAUGUUCAUCCAUUUUUGUUUCUCUGUUCUGAUACAUGUAAUAGCUUAACAUGUCUGCCACAUCUAAGCUUUUGUAUUUUGUCAAGAAACAAAAUUUAAAGGUGCUAACGUGAUUUGGGCUUUUAUUGCAGUAUUCACUGAACUUUUGUCUUGUCUUUUCCAUCCCUUCCAAAACUACUUGUGUUGCCCUUCACUGUAAUGCUCUGCUGUAUUGUCUGUGAUGCUUGCACAGUGGAGGUACUAAGGUAUAGUAGAUGCUUUGAACUUAGAAAUAUUGUUUAGGAGAUGGAGGGAAAGCUAACCAGCAUGUAUAUCAUAAUCAAAUUUUCAUAUAAGUAAAUCUCUUCACUCAGCCUUGUUUUUUCCUUGGUGCCUUCUCAGCAGUUUGUCUGUUAAUUGGUAUACCUUCUGUGUUACUAUCUUGCCCUUAUCCAUGCCUUGCUCUAGAAUUGACAUUUUCCAUUCUGUCUGCACCAGGGCCUCAUUAACUUGAUCUGUAUUAUAAGCUGACCACUGUGUUGUGGUGUGAUGUGUGCAGCCAGUUCAUUGUUCCUUCUGUUUUUUAAGCAUACAACCAACAUACGUUGCAACAGGACUGAAGACAGACCAGUGUAAGUGAGUCAUUCUUUUGAUGUCCGCCAAAUAUUUGUCCUUAAGAGGUAUUUCAAAGUAGAAGUAUCCUAAAAACUAUACAACAUUCUGGAGUUGUAUUCAAUCUAAGUUCUAUAUGUUUUGCUAGCAUCAAAUUUUAAGCAGAACAUUUAGUAGUUCUCAUUAUAUGCUGAACAGAUCUCUGGCAAUUGAAAUUCCUAACUAUAUGGAAAAUUUUAGCAAGAAUUGUUAAUUGAUAUUUGAUUACAUAAGAUUAAUGGUUAUGUUUUUAAAAAGCUAUUUCAUAGCUUAUCCUGUAAUUUUAUGAAGAACGUGACAGAACAACAAAGCUGGGCAAUAUUUGAGGUAAUAUUGGGUCAGUAUGGAUUUCCUUUCUGUGGAUUGCCGCCUUGCUGCAGUUGAGAGGCUUGAGUAUUCUGUUGAUCCCAAGAGCAAUGCUGACAGCAGUAGUGGAGGGCACAGUUAAGGCAGGUGCCCCAAAUGAUUAGCAACUGUAACAUGGUAGCUGAAGCUAAGAAAUUGUAGUCAGUUAGAAAUCAGAAUCUACUGAGAAAAUAGGAGGGCCCUGGAUUCCUGUUUGUUGUCUUAGCCACUGUUACCCCUAUUCACUUUAAUAGACUUUAAUAAGAGAAUUAGGUUGGUCAGCAUAGAAAAUCCAAUCAGAUGAGGCUUUUGGGUUGAGGUGUCAAUAGAUAAAUAAUAAACAUUCCAUAUUAGAGUAGAAUAAACUAUUACAGCAAUUGCUUUGGAGAGACUGAUCCAGAUUUGAGUGCAUAGGUCUGUUUUGCUUAAGAAGUAUUCAACAGUGCAGUUAAAUGUUUCAAUCGGAUAUCAGGUAGCAGGUUGCUGUUCUCCCAGGCUGGCAAUAUUCGGUUAUUGGCCCACUGUUUUUGUCUUCCUUUCUGUCCUUUGUUUCCCUCCAUCCUCAGUAAAGUAAAAUGUGGAAUGCAAUGGGAUUUGCUUACAGUUUCAAACUUAAUGGAACAAUUGCUGUGACUCAACACUAUAGGUUACAGCAGUUGUUAUACGCUAAAGUAAGAAUGUGCUUUAGCCAAAAAGAUGUAAGAGACACUUCAUACUUUUUGUUUGCCAAUUCUGUGAGCCCUGUUUGUAUUUGAAUUUAUAGGUGGUGCCAUAACAAAGCUGCUAUGGUCCAUGUUCUCCUUUCUUGCUCAGGUAAUAAUAUGAUCAGAGGUAGUGCUGAAUGUUUACUAAUCCUGUACAAUGACAUUCUUCUUUACAGAUAUAAGUAAUUUCAAUUUAUUUAUAACCAUAAACACUUGUUUUCAAUAGCUUAUUGGCAAUAGCUAUGACGUGCUGCACUAUAACAGUUAACGGUCCCUGGUGAGUGAAUCAGAAUUGAGUAUGUCUCUGCAUGUUGCCUUUGCAAAAAGCAGCAACUUGUAAUAUCAUUGAGAUAACAGUGCAUCAGAGCUACAGGCAUUAGUGGUCAAAGCAUUAGUGUCUGUCUGGCACAUCUCUCCCUCUUCGCUGACUUACAAAUAAAAUGAACAAGUCUUGGAGCUACAGCCCUGUAGAAAUCAUAAUUUUGUUUUACUCAACAUUUUGAAAAAAUAAAAUGCAAUUUAAAGCUGAA